UCGUCCCCCCGCGUCCCCAUUGAGGUCAUCGAGCACAUCAUCGAUGAACUCGGUGCGGCCGAAGACACCGCGGCCCUCAUUCGUUGCAUCCAAGUAAACAAGGACUGGGUCCUCCGGACUCGCAUCCAUCUCUGGCGCACGCUCACGGUUUCUAGCCGUGAGCGACUCCCCAUCCUCUGCGCCAUCUUAGACGGGAACCCCACUCUGCAAUCCUUGGUCGAAGUUGUCCGGCUGAAGCCCAAUCGUUCGGUGGAGGAUGUGCGAGGUCACCCGCGUCCGUUCCCUGUCACUGCCCCGAUCGUCCUCCUCCCAUACCUCAUUCACAUCCAGGCUUGG